AUGGACACCAACCUAGCAGUCGAAAGCCUGCGACGUUCAGAGGCAGUCAUCUGGCCUGCUAAUGCGCAAACCUUUGAUUUUGCACAACAGCUCGAUCAGAACAAGGAUCUCGUCAACUUCCGAGAUGAGUUCAUCAUCCCUACAACAGCGCAAUUGAGAAGCAAGACGCUGCAGGAGUCUCUAGAGAUAACCAAUUCAUCCGCACGACCCAGCGUCUAUUUCUGUGGCAAUUCCUUAGGGUUACAACCGAAGGCCAUUUCGGAGCAUCUCAGCGCAUAUCUGAAGACAUGGGGAUCAAUCGCCGUCGGUGGUCACUUCACACGUUUGGAAGACUCGCCGUUGUUGCCGUACCAGGAUAUGGCUGCAGAAUGUGCUCGAAGGAGUGCUGAGAUCGUAGGUGCUGCGCCGGAGGAAGUUGUAAUUAUGAACACUCUCACCGUCAACUUGCACAUGAUGAUGGCCGCUUUCUACAAGCCCACCGAGAAGAAGCACAAAAUUAUGUGCGAAUGGCGACCAUUUCCUAGUGAUUGGUACGCGAUCGAAUCGCAAAUCGAAUGGCACGGUCGCAUUCCGGCAGAAUCGAUGCUUCCCGUUCAGCCCGACAAGGGAACGUACUACAUUUCGACUUCCCGGAUCCUUUCGUUGAUCGACCAACACGCCGAUGAACUAGCCUUGAUUCUUCUACCCGGAAUACAGUACUACAGCGGGCAAUUGCUUGACAUUCCAACCAUCACCAAGCAUGCACGAUCACACAAUAUCACAAUCGGCUGGGACCUUGCUCACGCAGCAGGCAAUGUCGAAUUGAAACUGCACGAUUGGGGUGUGGAUUUCGCAUGUUGGUGUACGUACAAGUACAUGAAUGCCGGUGCAGGCUCGAUUGCGGGAGCGUUCGUGCACGAGCGACAUGGAAGCGUGGUGAAUCAGAAAGGCCUGCGCGGAUGGUAUGGAGGUGAUAAAUCCGUUCGAUUCCUGAUGGACAACAAAUUUGUGCCUACGCCAGGUGCCCAAGGCUUCCAAGUCUCAAAUCCGUCGGCAGUCGACUUGACGUGCCUCACAGCGUCCUUGUCUGUCUUUGAGAAAACCAACAUGUUCGAAUUGCGUUCGAGAUCGCUACUGUUGACCGCGUACGCGGAGUUUCUUCUGAACCAGAUUACGGAUCGUUCCUCGCGCGAACAAGAGCCGCCGUUCAACGUAAUCACGCCAUCCAAUCCAAUGGAGAGGGGAGCACAAUUGAGUGUGCUAAUUCGAGAGGAUCUCAUGGACGGCGUGAGUAAAGCCUUGGAAAAUGCGGGUAUCAUCUGCGACAAACGGAAACCAGGCUGCAUUCGAGUGGCCCCUGUGCCCCUGUACAACACAUUCGGCGAUGUCUGGCGAUUCAUGGAGACACUGGAAACUGCGCUGCACCCAUCGUCCACGAAGUCGAAAAGGGACGAUUCGGCCGUGAGGUUGGGAGAGUAG